AUGGCGAGCAGCCGCUCCGACAGCGGCUGCAGCUCUUACGUCAGCCUCGGAGAGGGGGCGGAGCACGAUGCAGAGCGGCUCACUGUCACGGUCCAGAGGUCCUGCAGCGGCGUCGUGCCUCACCCAGGCGCGCAGUUGACGAGGAGCCAGACCAAUGACACCGGCGAACUCGUUGCGCCCUCCAGAGGCACGCUACGGAGGAGCCUGCCAAACGGCUUCACGCCUGGCAGGCGGGAGUCGCAUGUCCAGUUGCCGAUCGAAGCAGUGGCACCACGUGCGUCGCUCGCUCGGCUGCGGCAGGCGUGCGGCGAAGGCACGUUUGCCCAGAGGGGCUCCAUGGUCUCGAUGGCAGGGUCCCCGAGGGCCUCGAUCGCAGGGUCCCCGAGGGCCUCGAUCGCAGGGUCUCCGAGGGCCUCGCUGCGCCUCGAGGAGGCAGUGCAGCGAGAGCUGGCGUGGUCGGAGAAAAGCGCGGGCGAGUGGUGUGCCCGACUCAUGUCCACCAUCGCCAGCGAGGGCCGCCGGGAGGCCUGCGUGGGCAUCGUCGGCCGCUUUCAGGCCUUGCUCCCCCAGGAUCAGAGCCUGACGUCCUCGGACAAGUUUCAUCUCACGAACAUAGUGGAGGAUCAGAUCGAGGCGCAGCAGCGGGUGGUCUCGCAGCAGGCGUUCAUCAUGGUGAAGAGAGAGCUUCUGGAGCUGGCGGCGAUCCGCGGGGAGAUGGCAGAGCUCGAGAAUCGCAUGAUGGCAAUGAACACAGAGUAUACGCGCGAGGUCACUGCGACGCGUGACUCGAGCCGCCCCCCCCUCGAGACAGCACGCGAGGGGCUCAGCACGGGAGACCUUGCCGAGAAGGAUGUGCAAUUCUACGAGCCCAUGCAGUAUUUGAGCAAUGAGGCGAGGAAGUGCGUCCACGCCGUCGUGGACGAGAAGCUCAAGGCCAUUGUCGCGACGUGUGCGAAAGACAGAUCAAGCUUGGAGUCGCUUCUGCGGGACCGGCUGGCGUCCUCCCAGACCCUCAAUUCGCAGCUGCAGGACGAGUUGCGAGAGCUGCGCCAGCAGAAAGACCUUGUGGAGGAGAACGCGAUCGCCCUGAAGCAGCACAGUAAGAGGAUCGAGUACCUGAAGGCGCAGGUCGAGAGCUUGCAGAAGUCGCUCUGGCAGGCGGAGUCGGGGCUCAGGAGCGCGAGUCGUGACCUGGAUUCGAUGACCAAGAUGCGCGACGACGCGCAGGAGCAGAACUGGUCCCUGCAGGAGAGGCUGCUCGCGGCGGAGGAGCGGGCGGAGGAGCUGGCGGCGCAGGACGAGCGGGUAGCGUCGCUGACCUCGGAGGUCGAGAGGCUACAGGGCCUGCUGCUCAGGGGGGGCUGCGGCGAGGCCGCGGGCACGGAGCGCCCACCAGCCGGCCGCGACCUCGUCUGCCCAGCGGCAGGCGGGCCAGGCAGCCGGCGCACUGUGGGCUGCAAGCUGGAGAAGCCAGGGGGGGACAAGCUUGGCGAGGGGCAGGGCAAGCCUGACGAGGGGCAGGAGGGCACAUACCAGCAGCCCUCGAUCCCGGCCACCCUGCCCGAGAAGCGCCUUGGCUCACGCCCGGGGCGCCACGCGCAGGCCGAGCUGCCGGACGCAUCAGGGACCUCCUCGGGGCGCGCCCGCCCGCAGGGCCGCAGGACCCCCCCGGGGCCGCCCGACGAGCAGCCCGCGGCUGCGGCCGCGGGGCCGUGGGCCUCUGGGCCGCCCGGCUCCGGCGGCGUCGAGGAGCCCGCCCGCCACGUGGAGGAGGCGCCCCUGGGCGAGGCCGGGAUGCCGGCGGAGGCCGUGGCCGAGCCUGCGGUGGAGGACUCAGCGAGCGCCUUGGAGGUGGGUGCGAACGGAGCCGGGGCCGGCCCCGUGCCAGAGGAGAACACGCCGGAGCGCCAGGCUCGGAAGCAGGCGCAGAAGGAGGUGCGCCCGCCCGCUGGCCGGCCGCCCGACCGCGCCCUCGGGAGCCAGCCGACCGUGGCGGCCGCGGCCGGCGCGAGGCCUGACCGGGGGCCGCGGCUUGUGGACAGGCUGCUCGCCGGGGCGGCUGGCCCAGAGGAGGAGGAGGAGGAGGAGGAGGCGAGCCCGCGCUCGCCUCCCGAGGCGACGGGCACGCAGUCCGAGGCCGGAAGGCCGCGCCAGCCGAAGACUGAGGGAAGGCUGCGCCGCCCUCGGCGAGCCUUUACGGAGCCGGAGAAGUCGCCGGUACUGCCCAGUGCCGUGGGCGUCGCGGUGCAGACCCCAGCAGGGGAUCGCUCUCCGGGCGGCUCGGCGAGAGGGCCAGCGCUCCCGGGUGCCGCGUUUGCCGCGAUGGCGACCGCGGCGGAGCCAGGCACAGGCAGCCCUGCGGAGGGUCGCUCGCCAGGCGGCUCCGCGAGAGGGCCGGCGCUGCCCCGCGGGGAGCGGUCGCUGGGCAGCUGUGAGAGAACUGGGCUUGUCGCCGUGGGCGUGGGCGCGGGGUUGCCGACCACGGGGCCCGGCAGGCUUACUGGGCUGCCGCCUGUCCAGGCGACAACGUCGCCGAGGCGGGGCCGCGGUGCGGGGCCAGCCGGGGAGUCGGCGAGUCAGCGGGUCUUGCCGCAGGCAACUCGGGCUGUCCAGUGGGGAGCCCCCGUGCCACCGGCCAGCAAAGAGUGA